CCGUCAACCUGGGCGAGUUUAGCCGAAAUGCUUUCAGCCGUGAGGUGCAUGCUGUCCAAACUGGUCUCCCCGCUGUGGAGUAAAGCCCAGGCGGAGGCUAACGGCGGUGCUGCGGACUCGCAGACCAUCCGCCACCUCCCUGACGGCGUGGUGACCCAGCUGGGCCUGGACCACGGCCUCAUCGACGAUGCCAUCUACUUCACGAGUGGCGUGGUGCUGGGUGGGGUACCUCUCAAAGUAGGGGACGUGGUGAGCUGCAUUGCCGUGGCAGAUGGCGCCCAAGGCGGAUGGAGAGCCCUCAGGGUGGUGAAGAGUUCUGAUGCAUGGGAGGCUGAAGGAGGGACAUCUUUCGAGGACGAGUGCGCUCAGCUACGCCCUCUAAUUGGCACCGUCACAUCGUUUGACGGCGAGGGCGGCUACAUCAACCAGAACACUUAUUUCCUACGCUCCAGUCUAUGUGAAGGUUACGAGCCAGUGACAGGAGACUGGGUCCAAGCAAAAUAUUUUAUCAAUCCCAACCAGUGGACCACCCAGGCUCAAUCUGUUGCCCCGUUGCGCUAUUGCCGUCUUAAUCAGGUGUGUGUGACCAGCAUGUACGCUAACAAGGGAGUGGUGGAGGACAGCGUGUUCUUCUGCCUGGACUCUAUGCUGCUGCCUGCCUACUACAAGCCCUCACCGGGCCAUGUUGUCAACUUGGUAAUGAUGGAGAGCAACCAGUCCUUCUACCGCUGGAGGGCUCUGUGCAUGGCGCCAAGCACUCAGAGUUGGAAAGCAACCCUGACAAACAUGCCCACAGCUGCACUGGAGACCUUACUGGAAAACAAAGGAGGGUUGGAUGUAACUUGCUAUGGCCAGUUUGGAAAUUUGAUGGUGGGAGAACACAGGACGCUGGUGCUAUGGAUACAGAACAAAGGUUCAGAGACACACUGGCUCAAGUGCUGCGAAUUUGCCGGUUGGGACUCGGAACAACAGUUCUUUCUGAAUCCAUUCAAGAUGGGACCAAAAGAAAACCCCGGAUCCGACUCUGGUCCCAUUGUUGUGGAAGAACGAGGAAGUCAAGCUGAAGAGGCAGAUGGCAAGGAGACAAAGCCCUCUCUCAGUGUGAGGAGAGACGAAAGAGAGGCAGAGCUUCCUCCAGGAGAGCGACUGUCUAUUGUAGUGGGGUGCCAAGCAAAGAGCCUGGGAAGCUGUGCCGAGCUGCUGUUGCUGCACUUCUCCUCAUUUGUCAUCGGGAGGCGCCUGGAAGUGACUGUGUGCAGCAAGGACGAGAGUCUGCUGUGGCCUUGUGCGCCCUACAGUCCCGCCGAUGCCAAGCCCAUCCCGGCGGCGCCUUCUCAUGUGAUUACCCUCACUGCUCACCAUUCCACCCUUAACAGGCUUCCUAACCGCCGUCUGCCGUGCUUUCUGCCUUAUUAUGUGGUGCCGCAGCCUUUAAGAGACUGUGUGGCUGGGCAGAAGGACGUCUUGGUCGUCCAGCCCUGCUUAGGAGAGGUGCUGUCAGCCUCCAACGCGCAGGCCCGUUUCUCUACUCUGCUGUGGAUGGAGGAGCUUCAUGCUGAGAGAGAACUAGGAGAGUUCACCAUCCAAGGAGCGCAACUCAGGAAAGGAGCUGCCUACCUUCACCUGGAGGUCCUUGGCUCGGCUGAGGGGAGGCCCAAUCUCAAUAUAGGUGACAGAAUUGUACUGAAGAGUCCACAGAGUGACGGCAUUAUGAUGGAGUAUAUUAGCUAUGUUGCCGAGAUCAAUGACGAGGAUGUGAGUCUGAAAGUCAACCCAGCAUUUCAUCGGAGCUACCUUGGCGAGCCUCUCGAUGUGGAGUUCUCUUACAACAGGUUAACCAUGAGGCGCUGUCACCACGCAGUUGAGCAGAUCAAAUCCUUCAUGGAUAAUGGCACCGUGUCAUUAAACCACACCCCCAGCCCGGGCCAUUUCUUCAACCGUGACCUCAACCCUGCUCAGAAGGAGGCCGUGAAGAGAAUCCUGGCUGGAGAGUGUCGGCCCACCCCUUACGUGCUAUUUGGACCCCCUGGCACUGGGAAGACCAUCACCCUCAUAGAGGCCAUACUACAGGUGUACCACUUUCUUCCCAGCAGCCGUGUCCUCGUGUGCACGCCCUCCAACAGUGCGGCCGACCUCAUCUGCGUCCGCCUCCACGAUAGCGGCCUCAUGCACACUGCAAGCAUGGCCCGUGUCAAUGCUUCUUACAGACAGGAGAAGUGCAUCCCCGAGGUGCUGAGGCCGUACUCGAAGGCUGGCGAGGACCUCAGUCAUGCCUCUUUCCACCGCAUAGUGGUCAGCACCUGCUCCAGCGCUGGCCUGUUCUACAAUUUAGGACUCCAAGUCGGACAUUUUACUCACGUGUUCCUGGAUGAGGCAGGCCAGGCAACAGAACCAGAAUCUAUGAUUCCGAUCAGCUUCAUCUCAGAAAGUGAUGGGCAGAUAGUAUUGGCCGGAGACCCAUGCCAGCUGGGGCCGAUCGUGAAGUCCCAGAUGGCCUCCGCCUUCGGCUUGGGCUUGUCCCUGCUGGAGAGGCUGAUGGCCAAUUCGCUUUAUGGCAAACAGGAGUGGGGCUAUAACCCAAAGCUGGUGACAAAGCUGAUCUACAACUACCGUUCCCACGAGGCUUUGCUCACGUUGCCCUCUAAGCUAUUCUACCACGGAGAAUUGUGCGUCAAAGCCCCUAAAGCUGUCGUGGAGUCCCUCUCCCAGUGGAAAACUCUACCUAAAAAGGGCUUUCCUCUUCUCUUUCAUGGCAUCAGGGGCAAAGAAAUGAGGGAAGGUAACAACCCGUCGUGGUUCAACCCAGUGGAGGCUGUGCAGGUCAUGUUGUACUGCUGCCAGCUGACCAAGAAACUUUACAACCCUGUUGAUGCCUCCCAGAUUGGAAUCAUUUCCCCCUACAGGAAACAAAGUGAGAAGAUCCGCGUCCUUCUGGGUAAAGUGGGCCUGUCCGACAUCAAAGUGGGCUCCGUGGAAGAGUUCCAAGGACAAGAAUUCCUGGUCAUCAUCAUGUCAACAGUGCGCUCCAACGAAUCAGCAUUGAGUGACGAUUUGCAGAGUGCGCUGGGCUUUCUGACCAACCCCAAGCGCUUCAACGUGGCCAUUACGCGCUCCAAAGCAUUGCUGCUCAUCAUUGGAAACCCCCACGUUCUCAUUAGGGAUACAUGCUACAGGGCACUGAUUCACUAUUGCUUCACCAACGGGGCAUAUCUGGGCUGCGACCCCCCCUCCCUACAUUAGAGACUCUCAGAUGUAAGCGUGUUCCAUCCUCUUAGAUUCCACAUGAUUACUAUUAUAAUAACAGGGAUACAUGUCAUUAUUUAUAGUAAACAGUACAACCUUAAACAUACCCACGCACACAGGCUUAACAUACAAUGAGUAACAAGGCCACACUGGAAAAAAAAUAAAAGUUGAAUUAUGGGAAAAUAAAUGUACAGUAUUUUAUGAGUAAAGCUCAAAUUAUACAGAAACUUUUUAUGAGAAUUAAUUGGAUUUAAUUCACAAUUUUUGCCGAAAUGACUGAAAAGUCGUCCCACAUAAGACUUAGGAGAUCACCUCUCUGCCCUUAAGUACAGUGGACCCCUGCUACUCGGAGGGGAUAGCAAAAUCUGCGAAUAAUUGAUGCCUAUUAUAAUAGCCAUUAAAAUAGAUAGAUAGAUACAUACAUAGAAUUUGAGAAAAACAAUCCAGAAAACUGUCAAUAAGCAGAGCAUCAUAAAUCUGGGUAUAAUUGAAUAUUUUGCAUAUUACAACUUAAUACUACAAAAUGUUUGCACUUUUUCUUGCAACAUUCUUGUGGUGCUUUUUUUUCACCAGGCUGGCACUUUUCUGGUAAUAUUAUGACUUGUGAUAGAUAAAGCUACUUUUCUUGUAACAUCACAACUUGUUGAUGUGAAAAUACAACUUUUAACUUGUGCAACAACCUUUUAGUUCAACUUGUUUUUCUCUCAAUAUGGCUCUAUUCUCGUGAAAUUGAGACAUUGUAAAAAUACGACUUGUCAAAGUUCUUAUCAUUGAACCUUUAUACUGCUGAAGUAAUUGUCUCGCUGAACAUUCAUACAUUUCAUGUUAUUGUGGUUACAGUCUGCACACUUGUUUCUGAAAGUGUAUAAGGAUCAAGAAGAAAUACUACACAAGAUUAAAGCCAUUUUACAUUUGCCUGUUUGUACAUUACAAGUCUUAAUAUUACAAGAAUACAGCUUUUUUUUCCAAGUAUACAACUUAGUUCUCACAAGUUUACAAAUUAAUCGUACUCAUUUAAAAAAACAUUUUUUAUUUGAAUCUAUCAUCCGUGUGGCCCAAAUGGCCAUUGUAGUUGUCUGAAGCUCUUGAGCUCCAUUUUCCAGAGCUGCAUUGAAUCACAGUGCUGCAUGACACAUGUUCCUGCAGUCGGCUUCUAAAUUAAGUUCCUCUUUCUGUUUCCUUUGUUUGCCAAGUGAGUGAUCAACAUCAACUCUAAUACUGCUUUGCUUUUCUGUGAGAGAGCAAUGGAUGAUCGGCGGCUACAAAUAAAGA